AUGGCUGAGAGAGCCCUUCCAACGCUAGAUCUAUCGGGAUCUUCAUCACAAGUGGCAAACAAAUGGAAGAAGUGGAAACGAGCGUUUGAUUAUUAUGUUGAAGGAAAAGGCUUGGAUAACGCGAGAAAGAAAACUUCACAGUUUCUGUACUAUGCAGGAAUGGAGGUACAGGAUAUUUUCGAGGAUCUUGUCGACCCCAAUCCGGCGGGUGAUGACGAUCCAUACGCAGCAAGAGCUUGUAAUUUUGGCGAUGCUCUCGAUGAUAACAUACGUGAUCAGUUAAUUGAAAAAUUGUCCGACAUGGAAUUCAAAAAGAAGCUGUUGGAAACCAGAAACAUUACUUUAUCACAAGUCUUGGAGAAAACGAGAGCUUCGGAAGCGGCGGGACAACAAGUAAAGCACAUGGCAGGUUUAACGGACGUAAACGUGGUCGGACGAGGGAAGGAUAAGACUAACGAUCAGUCAGCGAAAACGUGCUUCAGUUGCGGAAAAGUCGGACAUUUUUCACGGGAUCUGUGCUGUCCAGCAAAAGGUAGGAAGUGUUCUAGCUGCUCGAUGUAUGGCCAUUUUGCAGUGUGCUGCAGAAACGUCGACUGCAACGUUCCUGAGACAAGACGAGGGCUUCGUCCAAAGAGCACCAGCGAUAAUCGUACGGUAUUCCGAAGACAAAUAAGCCAAGUGGAAGAUUAUGGGGCGAGUAGCAGUCAAGAAGAAGAAAAUCCUGCCUUUGCGUUUACUGUAAUGGAAGAAAAGGAGGAGGGUGUUUGCAAGGUGUCGACUGCAAGUAACGUACCAACGAUGAAUGUGAGUAUUAAUGGCAUUGUUCAGGAAGUUUUGAUUGACUCAGGGUCUGUGAGCAAUUUGAUGGGGAAAGAUGAUUUUCAAAAAUUGUCGAAUGCGGGUUUCGAAGGGAGCCUCGAACAUUGUUCAAAGAAAUUGUUUGCCUAUGGUGGCAGAGAAAUUGAGGUCGUUGGCCAGUUCAAGGCGGAGAUUGCGGUGGGAAAUGCAAAGGUAGUUUCCAGUUUUGUCGUAGUUAAGCGUGGGCGUUGUGUCCUGGGGAAUGCUACUGCCAAGGAGCUAGGUGUUCUCCACAUUGGUACAAAGGCCAGUCUCAGUGAGGCCAGUUGUAAUGAGGUUAAGAGUGACUUUGCCGACCAGCUCAAAGCCGAAUACCCUAUGGUGUUCACAGGAGUCGGGAAAUUAAAAGACUUUGAGUUGAAACUGCAUGUUAACCCCAAUGUACCACCAGUGGCACAAAAGUUAAGACGAGUUCCUUUCGCGCUUCGAGACAAAGUGAAAGCCAAGAUCGAAGAACUGUUAGAAGGGGAUAUCACUGAGAGAGUGGAGGGCCCCACCCCAUGGGCUAGUCCCGUUGUCGUAGCACCCAAGCCGUCAAGUGAUAUAAGACUUUGUGUGGAUAUGCGUCGCGCAAACGAGGCCAUCAUCCGAGAACGGUUGCCGAUACCCACUGUGGACGAAGUAUUAGAAGAACUAAAUGGCAGUACUGUCUUUUCGAAGCUGGAUCUGCGUCAUGGUUUUCACCAGGUACAGCUGCAUGCCGAUUUCAGAGACAUUACCACCUUUAUAACACAUGACGGUUUGUUCCGUUAUAAAAGGCUAAGUUUUGGGGUCAAUGCGGCACCUGAGAAAUACCAACACAUCAUCAGUCAGGUCGUAGCAGACAUUGAUGGAGUUGUAAACAUCGCUGAUGAUUUGAUUGUUCAUGGAAAAACAGUUGGGGAGCAUGACCAGAGCUUACACAAGCUGUUAGCUAGGCUGGGGGAGAAGAAUCUUACCUUGAAUUGGGAGAAAUGUACCUUUGAAAUGGGUAAAGUAGUUUUCAUGGGCAUUCUCCUUUCAAAGCAUGGCAUAGGGCCCACGGAGGAAAAGGUGCGAGCAGUGAGAGAGGCAACCCGUCCGUCGUCGGCCUCCGAAGUGAGAAGUUUCCUGGGCCUUGUGGGCUUUAGCUCGAGAUUUAUUCCUGAUUUUGCGACCAAGGCAGAACCUUUACGAGUACUAUGUCGAAAAGAUGAGAAGUUUCUGUGGGGGAAGGCACAAGAGGAGGCUUUCAACACACUGAAAGAAGACANAAGAGAAAAAGAGUGUUAG